AUGUCGUCAUAACGUCGUUGUUACUUUGGCUAACAACGUCAAAGCAGAUACAGCAAUCUUUAAAAGCAGACGACGAUUCUAUAGCAGACGACAAUUUAUAAUGAAGAAAACAACACAAAGCGUUGAACGUCUUCAGGACAUGUUAAAACAUGCAUCCAGAAAGAGGAAGCGUUCCGAAAGCCCGGAUGAGGAAUCGCUACCCCCAGCAAAGCGUCCAAGAAAGAUGGUGGCUGUGGUUCCACUAUUUCCAAGGACGUUUUUACUAAAGGUCAAGAAAUGGCAAGACAGGAAAAGAAAAAUUGAAUUAGGCAUGGCUCUAUACAUAGAGGCACAGUUGAAGAAAAUGGCCGACACAUCAUCUUCGCCACCAGAACCCGCAGUUUCAUUAUCAGUUGAAGCAUUAGAGGGAAUUAAGGCAGCCGAGCAGCUGAUUGAAGAAAUCUCGGCCGAGAUCGCCGCUUCUUUUCCAAAGCGUUAUGGAAUCAUCAAGAGGCUGGAGGCCAACAAUGUUGCAGACGAUAGUGUCGAGGUCAAGGUCGUUCCUUUUAAGCGCCGUGGCGGAUGGAGGAAAAAGGGAGAGAAGCGAUACUAAAUUGAGUGAUAAAAAGACCAAAAAAAACAUA